UGUCAUACCUUGUGUCACCUACGAUAGCCGUCUCGUGGUCUUGGCUGCAACCGUCCUCAACAGACUGUUGCUUUCCAAGGAGUGUUUGUUUGCACAUUGAUUGCCACCUUUGUAGGACUCCCUGCUCAGCUGCUACCGCAGGCGGCAUGCCAUCGGUAGCUCCCCCGAAGCAGAGCCCUCGCGGUAAUCGGAACGAGCUGCACGAUGCGGCCGACAACGACCUCAUCGCGGAAGUUCUAGCUCUGCUUCGCGGCGGGUCCGUUGACAUCGACCAAGGCGACCCGCACGGCUGGACCCCUCUCAUGUUCGCCACGGCGCAGGGCCACUCCCGCACGGUCCGGGUCCUGCUGGACGUGGGGGCAGACGCAUCGAUGGUGGGCGAGAACGGCGCCACGGCCCUGAUCAUCGCCGCCCAGCGGGGACACCUCGAGGCCGCAAAGAUGUUGGCGGAGGCAGGCGCAUAUCUCGAGGCGGUGACCCGGAAAGGCUUCACCCCGCUCCACCUCGCCGCGUACGAAGGGUACCCGGACGUGAUGAGAGCGCUGAUCGCCGCGGGCGCGGAGGUCGACAGCCGCAUGCCGAACGGAACAACGCCGCUGUACACGGCCGCGCUGAGGGGGAAAGUGGAGUCGACCAGAGAGCUGCUUCGCGCGAACGCGGACCCGCUCCUGGCAAGAACGACUCCGGCCGGGAAUUUCCCCCCCUUGGCCGCAGCGGCGGAGCGUGGGCGCGUGGGCGCCGUUCGCGAGCUAAUUCGGCAGCUAGGGAUCGAAAAAUUUGGCGCGGCCGGCGGUCUAGAGGCCCUUCGCCUCGCCGCGAAAGAAGGACCGCCCUUACUCGGCAGCAUCGACAUCGGGAUUAUCAAGCUGUGCUUUCCCAGGAUCGUGCGUUUGCUCGUAGACUCAGGCGCGGACACGGAGUCGGCCGUUCGUUACACGUACAGGGAUGGGUUGGUGGGAUUCAGCGACACUCCUCUGUGUCGCACGAUCCGCAUCCUCCGUGACGUGGAGACCGAGGGGAAAGACGACAAGGAGGAGCAGCUGGGCAGGUUGGAGGCCGUCCGCCGCUUGCUGUUGCGGGUGGAGGCAGUUCAUGCAACCUCCUGGGUGUGGCCCAGCAGUGCUGCUGGCUCUGUCGCCCAAGAUGCUGCUGAGGUUAAAGCUGGCGCUGAGACGGAGCCGACACGGUUGACAAGCACGCUGCAAAUCCUUAGGCGUAGGGCUACGAGACGAGGCGUGCUAUUGCGGGCCCUGUCAAGGUAUUCGUCGUCAGAGACCGACGUUGCAUGUGAACCUUCUCGCGGGAUAUUUUCAUGAAGAGGGCGGCGGUUUCACGAGAGAGUUUCGCUUUCUUUAUUGUCGUUGGACGGAGCGAGAACCGUGGGGGGUGUAGAGGGGACGCUGUUUCUUUCCUCCAAGCAGUUGUAGCGAAAUCAGCGGUAGAUUACAGGCGGUUUGAGCCGCGGAGAGAACGCGCAGGUGGAUGGCGACGAUGGUGCUUGGGCUGCGUGGAGUAGCGGCAGCUUUUGAGCAGACGAACGCACAACCAGAACCUGGAUCAGUCGCCUAUGGUGUAGCUUUGAAGGUGCGGGGGGGAAGCUCCUGUUUAGAAGCGGGGGCUAGAAUUUUUACCAGAGGUUGGCCUCCACCGACUGAAAAUAAUUGUCAUGUCCAUGCUUUUGAUGCCAAACUGGCCAAGAAGGCGCUGUCAUGUUAGCCGUAGCCGCCGCCGCCGCUGCCGCCCAUCACGCUACUACUCGCCAUGGCACUGAUGGAAGAACGGCCGAACUAUUAGACUAGAAGCGCCGCGACGUCUGGGCGCAUGUCGCGCGGCUGCUUCCAAAGAGUAGAUACAUCACCAACGCAAUUCUCGCUCAAGCACAUGGUGGCUCGUGGUGGCAACACUAUUUUGCAGCAAGCUAAGUAACAAGCUUUGUUACAUCAAGCUGACAAGACCAAGCGUGCACAAACCAGAACAAGUCCACCCUUCCAAACCAAACGAUUGCGCAACCUAUUGGCGUCCCCUCUUUUGCCUUUCCCGGAUUUCCCGGAAACACCCCCCUGCGGUACUUGAACAAGCAGUGACCCUCGGUA